AUGAGUUAUGAUUGUUCUCAACCUUUAUGUUGUCGAGGAGGUCAACCUGCUCCAGGUCAUGCAGGUGCUGGUUUCUGGGGUGAUUUACAUAAUUGUGAUAUUCCAUAUUGGACAGCAGAAGCUAUACUUCAAUAUGCUUCGGCAUUAGAAAAAAUUGAUUUUAUUUAUUAUACUGGUGAUCUUCCACCUCAUAAUGUUUGGAAUCAAUCACGUGAACAACAACUCUAUUCACUCAAAACUAUAAAUGAAUUAUUAGCUAAAACAUUUCCUAAUAAAACAUUCUAUUCAGCAGUUGGUAAUCAUGAAGCAGCUCCAUGUAAUCUUUUUCCUACACCAAAUGUACGAUCGGAUAAUAUUUCAUGGUUAUAUCAAGUAUUAGCAGAUAAUUGGAUUAAACUUGGUUUACCAAAUGAUACACGUAAAAGUAUUGAACAUGGAGGUUUUUAUACAACUAUUAUACGACCUGGUCUACGUUUAAUUUCAUUGAAUAUGAAUUAUUGUUCAUGGGAAAAUUUUUGGUUAUUUAUUAAUUCAACUGAUCCACUUGAUCAAUUACAAUGGAUGAUUCAAUGGUUACAAUAUGCUGAAGAUCAUGAAGAAAAAGUUCAUAUUAUUGGACAUAUUCCACCAAAACAAUGUUUAGCAUCAUUUAGUUGGAAUUUUAAUAAAAUUAUUAAUCGAUAUGAAAAUAUAAUUGCUGGUCAAUUUUAUGCACAUACACAUAAUGAUGAAUUUGUCAUAAAUUAUGAUGAAAUUGAUCAACAACGUCCCAUAUCAAUGGCAUAUAUAACACCAUCAUUAACAACUUUUUCUAAUCUUAAUCCAGGUUAUCGUGUUUAUAAAAUAGAUGGUAAUUAUCCUGGAAGUUCAUAUUGGGUACUUGAUCAUCGUACUGUAAUUAUGAAUUUAACAGCAACAAAUCUAUAUAAUCAAACAAUAUUUAUUGAUGAAUAUGAUGUUCGUAAUGCAUAUAAUAUGGAAAAUUUAUUUCCAAAUGAUUGGCAUAAUCUAAUUGAAAAAUUAAAAAAUGAUAUUGAUGGUUCAUUAAUGGGUUUAAUAUAUCAAUAUUAUACAAAAUCAUAUGCAAAUGGUAAUCAAUGUGAUCAUAAUUGUCGUCGAGGACUUUUAUGUGAUUUUAUAACAUAUCGAUCUGAAGAUUCACAUGCAUGUGAUUUAAUUCCAUAUUGA